AUGGGUGGCGAACAAGUAUGUAUGAUUCGAAAACCAGGCAUUACUACCACAAUGAAGAGCAUGAUCUCUUAUGGAGAUUCUAACGCUAAAUUUCUUGAAACAGUCGGAUGGGGAAUUGAUAGCGAAAAUCAGCCAAUUCUAGACAAAUCUAGUCACAUAUUCAGUGGAAAACUACCGCUAAAAUAUUUAAUGGGGUUCGCUGAGGAUUAUAAUAAAGGUAUAUUGAAUGUGAAACAGGAGCUGAUACUCAUCAUAGCUCGAUCAUUCAAAAACUGCUAUAUAGGAGAAGUUGAUGCCAGUGUGGAGAUUAACAAAAUCGAAUGGAAGAUAGGACAUAUUAUGCCAUCGGAUAAGCAGAGGUUGAAAUUACUGAACCGUCUCAAUAAAAGUUCUACAGCAAAAGUGAAAAUUGCAUACAGGAUGUGGGAUCUGUAUGAAUUACCGUCAAUUCGUGAAACAUCUUCAGACAUUUGGGCUGUUAAAACCACCAAUAGUCUCGAGCGACCAAGGUACAUUAUCAUAGGCUUCCAAAAUUCUGGUAACACAGAUAAUAGAUCCAAGGAUACCACCCAAUUCAUUCAUGCGGGAGUCAACAAUAUUCGACUGUAUUUGAAUUCGGAAGUUUACCCUUAUGAACGGUGGAAUUUGGAUUUUGGAAAAAAGUUAGAUGCUGUAGCCUAUUAUGCAUACGAUAAUUUCCAACGAAGCUAUUAUGGUAAAGACAUGAGCGAACCAAUGAUGAGUAUUGAGGAGUUUAGAAAAAAUCCGUUAUUCAUCAUAGACUGCAGCCAUCAACCGGACACAUUGAAAUCUUCAACUGUCGAUAUCAAGUGCGGCGGCUCACUGGUCAGCAGGAGGCACGUGGUUACUGCGGGUCAUUGCGUUGCCCGAGCAACGCCGAGGCAGGUGCACGUGACGCUGGGCGAUUACGUCAUCAAUUCGGCCGUGGAACCUCUUCCUGCCUAUACGUUCGGAGUCUCGAGUAUACAGUUGAUGUUCCUUUGGAUGCAAAUUACUCUGUUCUUGCUCAGCUCCUUCGUGCAUUAA